AUGGCUGGUCCUGCGCGUGCGACGGGUGGAAGACGCCUUUGCAACUGUAUUACACUCAUUGCUGUUUCUGUGACCACACUCCUUCUUUUUCGACCUAUCGUCUCCUUCGUUUUGCCUCUAAACAUCGACAGCCCCCUGCAGACCACAAUCGUUCCCAGCAGUUUCAACUGGGCGGCUUUGAGACCUUACCAUCCGCCGACGUCCACUACGCCCUUACCAAGUGGUAGAUUCCAUUCUUUUUCCGUUCAACAUGAUUUUGAGCCCGAGUCCCGCUCCGAUACCUCGAAGCGGCUAUCACGUCGAAAGGCCGUCGAAUCUGCCUUCAAUAAGUGCUGGAAAAGCUACAAAGCCCACGCGUGGCUGAGAGAUGAAUUGGAACCAUUAUCAGCAUCAGGAAAAGACACAUAUGGAGGCUGGGCUGCUACGCUAGUGGACUCGUUGGACACUCUUUGGAUCAUGGACCUGAAGUCUGAAUUCCGCGAGGCGGCGAAAGCGGUUGCUGUCCUGGACUGGGCCAAUACUACAGGCACAGCCUGCAACAUGUUUGAAACGAACAUUCGUUAUCUCGGAGGCUUACUCGCAGCCUUCGACUUGAGUCAAGAGCCGGUUCUCUUGGCCAAAGCCGUCGAGCUUGGUGAUAUGCUGUAUGCUGGCUUUGACACUCCCAACCGGAUUCCUCCGUUCUGGCUCAACUUUGAGCAGGCGAAACAAGGAUCGCUGAUUGCGGAGACACAUCAGAUUUCUGCUUCGGUCGGGUCGUUCUCUUUGGAAUUCACUCGUUUAUCACAAAUCACUGGCGACUCUAAGUACUAUUCGGCUGUGGCACAUUUGACCUCAGUCUUUGCAGAAUCUCAAAACUCCACCGCCAUGCCGGGGAUGUGGCCUACGUUCAUCGAUGCCCGAAAUGCAAGAUUCGAUGAGAACAGCUUCACCCUGGGGGCGCUGGCAGACUCUCUUUACGAAUAUCUGCCUAAGAUGUACUCGCUGAUGGGCGGUCAAGAGCAGAUAUACGAGAAGAUGUAUCUGGAUGCCAUGGAUGCGGUCAAGAAGUAUUUACUCUUUCGGCCAACGACCCCAGACAACAGAGACAUUCUCUUCUCCGGCAGUGCAACUGUCAGUCAAGGUGUCGUCACACUGGGUCACGAAGGACAACAUCUCAGCUGCUUCGCUGGAGGGAUGUUCAUUCUUGGCGGAAAACUCUUCUCCCGGCCUGAUCAUCUCGACAUUGGUGCAAGGCUUACCCAUGGCUGUGCUUAUGCCUAUGAAGCAUUCCCUACUGGGAUCAUGCCGGAGAUAUUUGACAUGAUGCACUGCGCGUCGCUUGAUGGCUGCGAGUGGGACGAACGGCGAUGGCAGAACCAAGGCAAUCUCGACCUACCACGUGGGUUCGCGCGUGUACGAUCUGCAUCCUACAUCCUUCGUCCCGAGGCGAUCGAAAGUAUUUUCAUCCUGUAUCGCACCACUGGUGACACGAAGUUGCAAGACCUGGCUUGGCGAAUGUUUCAGUCAAUCCAAAAGGCCACCGAGACACCGUACGGCAACGCUGGUAUUGAAGACGUUAACGCCGUUGGCGGCGAGAUCAAACAGAAAAACUCCAUGGAGAGUUUCUGGCUUGCCGAAACGCUCAAGUACUUCUACUUGAUCUUUUCUGAACCUGAUCUCAUCAAUCUUGAUGAUUACGUGCUGAACACCGAGGCGCAUCCACUGCGGCGCCCAGUGCCGCAUCCAUCUUCACGAGUGUCAUAUAGUUGA